AUGGAAGAAUUCGAUUCUGGAGACUACCACGACAAAUUCAGUUCUUUCUACACCUAUAUCAGAACGAUCGGCAAAGGUUCUUUCGGAAAAGUCGUAAAAGCCAUUGAUAAGUACACAGGAAUCACAUGUGCUGUAAAAAUUAUCAAAAAGAGUUCGUAUUCAGAUGAAGUCCUCUCGGCUCUUCGGUUUGAAAGCGAAAUUUUGUCUAGUCUAGACCAUCCUAACAUUGUAAAUCCUCUCAAAGCCGCCAUGCACAUUUUUCUACAUAAUUUUUUAUAAAAUUACCAAUAUUUUUAGUCUUUUUAUAUAGGUAUAAAAUUUUUACAUGUCAGGGAAAGUGAUAAUAGGAUUUUUAUCGGAAUGGAAUACAUUCGAGGAGGAAAUCUUUCAGAUUUAAUACAGAAUAAAACCAUUUCUGAGUCCAAAGCUGCAAAGAUCAUGACUGGGAUUUUUAGAGCUGUGGAGUAUUUGCAUAACCGCGGAAUUGUUCAUAGAGAUUUAAAGCCAGCGAAUAUACUGAUUUCAAAUCCUAACUCCCGCCCUCCGUGAGUGAACAAAACCAUUGGAAAAAUCCUAUUUUUUGCCCAAAAACCAACCCUCCGCGAGUGAAUAAAAGUUUUUUAUGAAAAUAAAAUUUGAUAUAUAAGUGAUAAUUAGUAUAAUGAAAUCUCGAGCUAUUAUGUUUAAUUUUAAAUAAAUUGCCUUUAAAACUUAAAUUUAACAAAUUAAAUUAAUAUUUGCUUUCCAAUUUUUGCAAAUUAGGAUCUUUUUCAAAUUUCGAAAAAAAAUUUAUAUAUAUAAAUUUUUUUAGUGAGUGAACUAAAUUUUUUUGUUCACUCACUGAGGGGGAAGUAAGGAUUUGACGACGGUAAAAGUGGCGGAUUUUGGGCUAUGCACACAGUUGGGGAUUUUCAGCAGAACUGAUGAAAAGUGUGGGACUGUCAUUUAUAUGGCACCUGAAUUGGCAGCUGGAAAAAAUUAUAACAAAGAAGUCGACAUUUGGAGCUGCGGAAUCAUUAUGUUCAAGCUCCUCUGCAAAGGAAAACACCCACUCUACCGACAAAAAGACACCAAAGAUUCCUAUUUCGCCAAACUUCAAAAUCCCAAAUGAGUUUUCCCCAAAAACUUUUCCCCUCUAGCCCAAAAUUUAUUUUUAAAAUUAAUGAAAAUUCCCCCUAUAGAGAGAUAUACUGCAGGCCAAGUCUUAGCCCACCCUUGAAUCUUGCAAAAAAACAUUGCAAUUCCUUUGACUUAUCUUGAAAAAAUGCGACAGUUGGAUUCAGAUAUGAAAUUACGAGGAUUUGUAUAUAGUUUAUUAUUUGCUUCUUUAAUAUAUCCCAGCAAUUAA